CAGUUGAUUUGAGGGACAGCAACUCCAUUACAAUUCUUUCUCAUAUUAUUUAUGAGGUAGAGGUAGCAUAUGAAAUGACUCCCUUUGGGCUUGUAUUUAUGUGCUUAGGGCUUGUAGCCCGGGGUCUGGCGCUUCAAAAUCUAGUGGAGACGCUCAAGGCAAACAACGCAACCACACUGGUCAGCUUGAUUGACCAGGCCGGCUUGACCAACACACUUGCAUUGGGAGACGGUCCGUUCACAAUUCUCGCGCCAACAGACGCGGCAUUUGCCAAGAUUCCCGCCGCUGACCUACAAAGUGUAACUGGUGACGUCAAGGCACUCACUAAUAUCCUUUUGUACCACGUGAGCAACGGCGAGACGUUCCUGUGGGACCUGAAAACGGGCCGCUUUCUGACGUCACUGAAUGGCCAUAUGGUCAGGGUAUACUCGACCGCGGGACAUCAUCUUUACUUCAACAACGCGGAAGCCAUAAAGACCGAGAUCCAGGCCACUAACGGAGUUAUCUACCUCAUUGAUGAGGUCCUAGACGUCCCAGAGGGAACUAUCCUGCAGAUCCUGAAAAACCCCGCCUACAACCUCACACAGUUUGCUCAACUUGUCCACGCGGCAAGGGAGGAUGCAAUCUUCAACACAUCAGGCGGCAGUCAGCGACUGACAGUGUUUGUCCCUAACAACGACGCCUUCGGAGCGCUUUCACCUGACUUCUUGCACACAGCAUCUACCUAUAUCAACGCAAGAAACCUAGCCGACUACCACACACACGUGGGCACUAUGCACGCCUCCAGCCUGUCCGGAAAAGACGGCCACAUCACCACCAAGUACUCCGGCCACCAGAUAACACUCACGCACGACCAAGGCUCAGGUGAGCCCCUACUCAACAAGCUGGCCCGCUUCACACUGACUGACAUCGAGGCGGAAGACGGCGUGGUGCACGUGAUCUCGCACGUGCUCAUACCCUCAUCGCUUGCCCCCAUUGUCGGAUAAGACUGGGAGCGGUUGUUACCAUGAUAUCAACGUUGAAUAAAACAUUUACAUUUA